ACAAAGAGCCAAAUCAUUCACACCAGAACUUUAGUCAGGAUGGUACUUCGCAUGCUUAGUCUAAUUAGCAUCAUAGCAUUCGAAUUGUGUGUGGCGGAAGAACUCACGCUUCCUGUAAACACAUGCCAUCAAGAUGCAGCGGAUUAUUCUACCUGUUUAAAAGACGCAACACAGGAGGCAUGGCCACGAAUUGCUCAAGGACUUCCGGAAUUAAACUUUCCAUCGAUGGAUCCAAUGUUUUACGAGAAUCAUCACGCUAUUUAUGAUGCCGGCGAAAUACGUGCAGAUAUCGAGGUGACUAAUAUUACUAUGAUUGGUCUUAAAGACAUACGUUUCACGGCCGUGAAAGCACAUUUUUUAGACAAGGAUGUCUUUCGCUUGGAAGUUGACUUCUUGAUGCCAAAGGCAUUCAGUUGGGGCACUAUUAAAACGAUCGGAUCUGUGGGACCGUUUAGAUUAAAUAGCACAGGACACUACAACGUAACUAUGACAGGCAUUAAAUCGAAAUGGAUUAUAACGGGUCAUGUAAAAGAUGACAAAUGGAUCGUAGAACAGUAUCGGGCAAUUCCGACAAUUACAACUUUGAAGAUGAACACGUCUGGUAUAGUGGAUAGCGAAGAAAUCGAAAAACUCAUCGAUGACUUUGUGAACGAAUACUGGCCAAUACUGUAUCGUGCAAUGGCAUCAACGAUCAUCGAUACGUGGGAGCCCUGGUGUAUCGAUAAGGCCAAUAGGUUAUUCUCAAAGGUUUCUUUCUCAAAAGUAUUUCCAAAGUAAACUUCAAACAUUUAUUAAGCGCACAACAAUAGCAGACUUUACGGGAUCGUUAAGAAUGCAUGCAACUUUGUAAAUAUUGUGUGCAGUACGAAGAGACACUUGCAUAAAGCUAAAAAGAGAGUGAAACUUUUUGUGUAUAAGUAUUCUGUAUCAAGAACAUUUGUGAAGUGUACGAAACAAUUACCACUUCACACAGAAGGAUCAAGCCUUUAUAUUGCUUACUGCUUAUUACUUCAAAUUCAACGUACUAGCAAAAAUUCGAGGAUAUUUGUAAUUUUGGUGAAGUACUAGCAGUGCUUAAUAUUAAUCAUUAUUUAUCUGCAAUUAAUACUCAUAUUUUAGUAAUAACAAGUUUGAAAAUAGUAAAAAUAACAAUAAAAUAAUUGGGAGUUAGUUACAUCACGACAGUAUGCGACAUGCACUAUUGAUGUAAAAUAAGAAUGAGAAAUAAAAGAUAGAAAAAAUCAAUGUA